AUGGAUGAACAAAGGCUGCGAAAGUUUCCCAACGGACAGAGAUGUACCGAAUGCCGUGCGCGAAAGUACUACUCGGAGAAUGGACGAAGAUAUUGUCAGCGCGGUCAUGAAGUUGAGGGGUACAUCCAAUUUGACGUCGACGAAGACGACAACUAUGGCAAAACCGGCAAGGUAGUGCGCAAAGAAAAGGAAGUCCGCGAAACCGAGCGCAAGCAUCUCUCGGGCAAUGACGCCAAGGAACUCUACCUCGACUGCCUGCAGAUCAUCUUGCGCAAACAAAUCCUCUGGCUGAUCCGCGAAAAAGGGUUCUCGGACGAACUCGAGUCUAUCUGCCGCGACCUCUGGGACCUACGCAUCCGCAAGUUCAUUGGUCUCAAAAGCGUUUCUAGGGUAUCAUCACUCCAGGCGAAAGGAAAGGGGAUUGAUCACGAUGGAACGGGGUCGCAACAUGGUGGCGGUGCGCUCUCUCAGUCGGGUUCCGAUAGCGAGAUGGUCAUGUACAGCUCGCAGGCGGAAACGACGGACACGUCGGCUGAUGAGAGUGUGAAGAGCCAGAGGAGGAGGUCGAGUAGGGUGAAGGAUUGGGAGAGCGAGCUGUGGGAUCUGCCUGGCCCGAUGGAAGUGCUGGCGCUGAUUUAUAUGGGGUGUCUGCUCAAGCAGGAGCCGGUGAGGGUAGGGGAUAUUUAUCGGUGGGCGAAGAAUAACCAGUUGCCGUUUCUUGGUGCGCUUGAACUGGUGCCGAACGAACUACGAGAACGUUUGCCUGGUUGGGCUCAGCGCACGCUACUAACACGAUGGGCAAAGUUUGACGGAAGCGAGCUUCACAAGUCGUUGUUGACCUUGACCCUAGGUUUUAAGAAGAACUAUGGCAUGGUAUCACCGCCACUUCCAGCACCGUCACUUCUCGUUUUAUACCUCAAAGACCUGGCUCUACCACCCGAGGUCCACCUCCACGCCCGACAAAUCUGCCUCAUGCUCAACCUCUCCUGGACCUUCCCAACGCGGCAAAACAUUAAAGACGACGCGUCAUCCUUCACCGGCAAAACCUCUCGCUAUACCCUCCUCGACAUCCCCGACGUACUACUAGUGGCCUCUCUUGUGCUAGCUACCAAGUACAUGUACCCUAUGGACGGCGUCAAGCGGUACCCACGAGACAACAACGACCCAUUAACGCUGAAGAUGGACUGGGACGCUUGGGAGGCUGAGUUCGCGGAUCCGCCCGAAAAGCCACUGAGGAGGCUCGACUUUGCGACCAUGGAUGCGGAGAAGGUUUGGACUCUGAGUAAGGAGCAGAUGGUGGAGUAUUUGGAUUGGUAUCAGGAGACGCAGUUGAAAUCAUGGAGCGCUGCUGACGAAACCGAAAUCGAACGUCUCUUCCCUCUCGAGAACGUACUGCGAUUACCGGAACCCGGCAGCAAAGACAUGACUGAUGAGCAGCUCAUUGCUCGGAUGCACCGAGUGCAAAAGUCGAUGACACUGGUUGAACCAAGACCUGAGACUAAUGAUGGGAAGAAUAUUAAGAGGCUGGGUGCGCUUCAUCAGCGGUUUAGGUCGGUCGAGCAACUUGGGGGAUCUGGACCUGCAAGAAGGUUCCAUGAGAAGGCAGCGGAGAUCUCUGGGCUGUCACUGAAGGCUUUGGUGAAGGCGGUUUAUAGCCUGGAAGAGCUGUUGUAUGGUUGGGAGAAGAGGGAGAAGAGGAAGAUGAGGUUGGGGGAGGUAUGACUUGCUUUGAAUACUUGCCCGAGCAGGUCCUUGGGUUUAGAACAGUACAAGACUGGGAUUGGGACAUAAGAUAUUU